AUGGUUUCCUGGCCUAUUGAAACUCUUUCAGCCGAUUCGCGGCAACACAUUACUUCAGAUCAGAUUUGUGCCAAUUCCUCCAUUCACAGAAUGCCCUUAUCAAUCAAACUUUCUCUCUCUUACCGGAACUACCCUCUGCAGCUCCAUCUUCAGCAGCUGCUCAAUCUUUCAUUUCGAAAAUCAAACUUGGAUGUCACGGGACUUUCUCACAACUUCGUUCCUUGCGUUUUUUCCAUCUUUAGCAGUUCCAUAUUAAUCGGUUUCAUUCCGAUCGAUCAGUCGAGAUGGUUAGCUUGGGCGCUAAUGGUAUUUUAUAUUUAG